AUGUUCGUCGGGCGGCAGCCUGCUAGUAGCAAGCCAGAAAAUGGCCGCGAGACCACACUCGUGGCCUCCUUCGCAAUCUUACCAGCGCUCGUGAUGCACAUCGCCGGUCCGCGUGCUUCCCAACUCUACUGGGAGGUUCGUCGAAUCGACGCCGUGAUGCAUUCACAAGACUGCGAAAACGAUCUUCUGGAAUGCAUCCAUGCGGCCACGUUGACCAUCAUAGAGGCUGCAGAUGUCGCUGUGGACGUGGACGUGAACGUGGACAGCGCCGACGACUCUUCGUAUGACAGCGAGGACACUCUGUGCCCGUCGUGCGGCGAAUAG